AUGCCCGCCAAUAUUGUCGGCUGCAUGAUACGGCAGUUCAUAAUAAUGUGUUCAGCUGAUAAAGAUGUUAAGGAUGCUUACUUCAGCGUCUCUCCAGGAAAGUACACUAGUCAAUCGGCAGAAAUUAAAGCUCUGUCUGCCAAGCAAGACGAUCAGGCUGCCAAGCAAGAAGCUCAGGCUGCAAAACAAGAAGCUCAGGCUGCCAAGCAAGAAGCUCAGGCUGCAAAACAAGAAGCUCAGGCUGCCAAACAAGAAGCUCAGGCUGCCAAGCAAGAAGCUGAGGCUGCCAAGGAAGAAGCUCAGGCUGCCAAAUUCACAAGGGAGAUGGAGAUAUCAGAGGAUCAGCUGUCUAUAGAAGAAGUGAGACAAUGGACGCCCCUACGCUUUGCUGAGGAAACAUGCGCUUGGACGUGGGUCGAGAAGUUUCUGCAGAGAGGCGCCCCUCUGAGAUAUUUGGAAGCAACAAGGAGGAAGCUCCAGAAUGUGGACUCGGCAACAGAUGUAGUGAGGACAGCGUGUGUCACAGGUCUGUUACAUCUUCUGCAGUACGUCCUCUCUGUUGAUCCCUCUUUAGCAAAGGUAAGACUGGACACAGAAGGUACGACGCCGCUGCACGUGGCCGCCGCCCACAGACGAGUCGCAGUGGUGCGUGUACUCGUCGAUGCAGGCGCAGAUAUCGACUGCAAAACCGGCAACGGUCGGACACCACUGCACGUCGCAGCAUCGGUGGGUGCUGCAGACACUGUGCACAUCUUGUUAAAAUAUGGAGCCUACUUGAAGGAGACAGAUCGAGAUGGGAAGACUGCCAUGCAGCUAGCAACGGAAAAUGGUCAUUUGCACAUUGCUAAGUCGAUGGAAAUCCACGGAGGAAAUGUGAACAAGAUUAUGCGUGACUUGGUUAGGGCAGGUCAGGCAGGAGAUGUGAAGACUGUGCGGGAGCUUUUGCCAUUGAGCACUCACGCAGGCCCCGGGGAGUGGACGCAUCUCCACUGGGGGACUAUAAGGGGCACCGCAACUCUAUUGAACGCGUUCUUGGCUGCGGGGAUGGACCCGAACGUGAGCGACAGGCAUGGGAACACUCCGCUGCACAUCGCAGCCGCCAGGCGUCCACCAGCCUUCAGCGCCGCCCUCAUCGCUGCCGGCGCCGACAUCGACGCCGCUGACUCCACCGGCUCCACGGCGCUGCACUACGCGGUGCGCACGGGGAACAUCCCCACUGUCCGUCUGCUGCUGGAGUCUGGCGCUCGGCACGACGUGAGGGACAACGGCGGAGACAGCCCACUGCAUCGCGCGGUCUCCAGAGGCUCGUUGGAAACUGUAAGCGCGCUGCUGGAGGCUGGAGCCAGAACGGAUGCCAAAGACGCUCAGGGAGAGACGCCCUACGAUCUCGCGCGGAGGUACGGCUACACUGACUUGCUGAGACUGCUUCGUCUUAUGCCCUCAGGUAGGGAACAGGCACUCGUGAAGAAACCCCGGGUGGCGCCCCACAGCUGCUUGGGCACCCCAGCUUGUUGCAGAUACUGUAGUCCACCCCGUGAUUAAAAAGAUGAUAAGCCAUUAUCAUUGAUGGUAACAGAGAAUUUUCAGUUAGCAGGAAGGAAAAUCGUAGGUGAUGUCUGACACUUAGACAGGAGGACUGGGAUAUCGUGAACACGUCCGACUGCUGUUUUCCAGAGGAAUGAGAAGUCAAUUUUAGGC